GUCCCCUGCUGUCAGCACCCGUCUGGUCUCACCGAGUUCCUCAGGGUGCUGGGGGCUGUGGACAGAGCGGCUCUGAGCCCCAGAGCCUGGCCCUCCCUGUCUCGCUUUGGUUAAGGGCUCCUGGUCUUUCUGUCCUUUCUGGAAAGCCAGGGCCCAGUGCCCUCUAGUGGCGGGGAGGGUGAAGGCCGGAGGAGGCCGCGUCUGGAGACGGAGGGCGGGGCCAGAGGCGGAGCCUGGAAGGGAGCCCUGCCAGCCAAUGAGGGGUGAGCCGGCUGCAGCCUGAAGUGUGGGGCUGGGACAGCAAGGGACCCGCAGGGCUGUGGUCCACACCCUCCCUGUCUGUGUCCUGGGACCACGUGAGCAUGCUGCGGUGGCUUCUCAUCUUCUCUGCUCUGGAUCUUGGGACUUGGGGGGAUCCCCCACAGUUCUGGAAUGAGACCCAAGCCAGGGGGCUGUCGGAGGGCCUUCUGGACCGGUCUGUUGGCAGCUCAUGGCCCAUACGCAAGGGUCGCAAUGGUGCACCCACCAUUGUCUCCCGCAAGGAGUGGGGGGCGAGAUCCCUGACCUGCAAGGCCCAGCUGAUCCCGCCUGUGGCCUAUGUCAUCGUGCAUCAGCUCAUGGAGAUGGAGUGCCAGGAGCAGAACGUGUGCAGCCAGAAGCUGCGGGGCCUUCAGUCCCGUUCGGUCUACACCAAAGGCUGGUGCGAUGUGGCCUACAACUUCCUGGUUGGGGACGAUGGCAGAGUGUACGAGGGUGUCGGCUGGACCGUCCAGGGCGUCCACACCCAGGGCUACAACAACGUCUCCCUGGGCCUCGCCUUCUUUGGCAAUAAGCUAGGCAGCAGUCCCAGCCCUGCUGCCUUAGCAGCUGCAGAAGACCUGAUCGUCUACGCCAUGAAGGAGGGCCACCUGUCCCCCAGGUAUAUUCAGCCACUGCUUUUGAAAGAAGAGAGCUGCCUGGUCCCUCGACAGCCAGUGAUGCCCGGGAAAGCUUGCCCCAACAUCAUCACAAGGUCAACUUGGGGAGCCAGACAGACACACUGCCCUACAAUGAACCUUCCAGCCAAAUACGUCAUCAUCAUUCACACCGCCGGAUCGACCUGCAACAUAUCCAUGGACUGCCAGAUCCGCGUCCGAGACAUACAAUCCUAUCACAUGGACACAAGGAACUUCUGUGACAUCGGAUAUCACUUCCUGGUGGGCCAGGAUGGCGGUGUGUAUGAAGGAGUUGGCUGGCACACCCAAGGCUCUCACACCUACGGAUACAACGAUAUCGGCCUAGGAGUUGCCUUCAUAGGCAACUUUGUAGAAAAGCCACCAAAUGCUGCAGCGCUGGAGGCAGCUCAGAACCUGAUCCAGUGCUCCGUGGUCGGGGGGUACCUGGAUCCCAACUACCUGCUGGUGGGGCACAGUGAUGUGGUCGACGUCCUGUCUCCUGGGCGGGCUUUGUACAACAUCAUUAAGACUUGGCCUCAUUUCAGACACUGAGGGAGCCCCUGCUUCUUCUGAGACCACCCCCUCUCCCCAAGCCUGGCUGCGGGGCCUCCCUUCCUUACCCUCCAUCCGGGCUCAACACCUGUAUCCCCUCCCUGCCAGCCCCGUCCUGUCCCUCUGUCUUGGGCUAGAAUCAUCCUCUCCUGCCAGCAUCCCCCAGCAUCCCCCAGACCCCAGAGCAGAGCGGGGCAUUCCCAGCCCUCUGAGUCUGGGCCCAGACAUCCCCGCUCCUCGCCUUGCUCUCCCCUGGCACCUAGCUCCUCAGCCAGGGCAGACGAUGACGGGCUAGCCCUGUUUGACUUCUCCAUCCCUUUGUGCUGCCCUCCCUGGUGUGCCUUCCCCUGCUGUCUGCCUGGCGGUCCCCAGUCUCCCAUGUGACCCAGGUCCGUGUCCCAGCCCCUCCCCUCUGCUCACACUGCCUUUUCCGCGUUUGGAUGCAGCCCUUAUUUCAGGUGGAAAUUGUGUCGAGACACGGCUACGCUCUCCACUGGAUUGUGAGGUUGUCCAGUUUCAUUCAUGUCUGUGUCCUCAGUUGUUCAGCCGUGUCUGGAAUCUAGCAGGUGCUACAGAUGUCUGUUGGAGAAAUGGAUGAAUAAACGAAUGAAGGGACCAGG